AUGUCAUCAUCAGAUUUGCCAUUCGCCGUAGACGUUAAUACUCCACUCAGCGCUAGCGAGUUAGAAGUCUUAAGGUCACAAUACGAUAAGGAAAUACAAGCUGGUCACUUAUCGGUUCAAACUUCCUUCAACCUGGCCUGGGGAUUAGUGAAAUCAAAGAAGAAAGAGGAAGUACUCGAGGGUGUGUCCAUACUGAGUGAUAUCUAUAAGCAAGAGCCGUUUAGAAGGCGUGAAUGUUUAUAUUAUCUCGCACUAGGCUAUUACAAGGUUAGCAACUAUCAAGACGCAAAGAAGUUCAACGAUUUGUUACUCUCUAAAGAGCCUAACAACCUACAAGCACGUUCACUUAAUCAGCUUAUCGACAGGGCUUGGGCGAAAGAGGGAUACAUUGGAUUAGCUAUUGGUGGUGGUGCAGUCACACUCGGCGCCUUACUGAUUGGCAGUCUCCUCCGUCACAGGAGAUAGUACUACUACAGUCAUAUCCAAUUACAUUCUAUACAAUCAAUGCAUCUUUUUAUUUACAUUCUCCAACUCAUGAGCCAUAUUGAAGACAGUCUGCUCACAACCCCAUUGACUGACGAUCGACACACCUUGUGGAAAGCCAUCACUAUCUUUUCCAAUUGGUAUACUCAUCGCCGGUAAUCCAGCCAAACUAACUGGUGUAGUCAGAACGUCCUGCGAGUAAUCUGUUGUAUCUGAAGAAUUAACUUUCGGUGGUCCAGAUACAGCAGUUGGAUGAAUGAGAACAUCAACACCUAGAUCGUAAUUAUCAUUCUUGCUCCUCACAUUAGGUAACCUAAACAGCCUAUCAAAGUCCUCUACGAUAGCGGUUCUUGCCCGCUGAGCGUUCAAGUAGUAGUUAUCGAAAGCAUCAGCUGAUAACACAAAGUUGCCCAGUUCUAUGCGUCGUUUCACUUCUUCUCCAAACCCUUCUGCCCGUGUUUCUUCCACUGAACCAGUUUUACUUCUGUAACCGUAUUGCAUUCCAUCAUACCUAGCAAGUGAGCUUGAGGCUUCGGCACUUGCGAGUAUAUAAUAUGCAUUCAAUGCCAAACUAGCCGAUGGAAGUGACACCUGGUAUAACUCGACACGCUUUCCAUCACUUGUACCAUUUUUGAGUAAAGUAUCUAUAACAUUUGAGAGUGCCUCUGAAGGUUCUCUAUUGAAAAGCUCCUGUAGACCAAUUUUCCAUGUAUCGGAACUUUCUUUUGUACUAAUCAUACCAUAAAUAGCCCUUUUGCGCACUUCAGAAGACUCUGAAGAUGGAUCUUUUUCGUCAUAUUGUGAGAGAACCUCAAGACUCGCUUGACUAUACCAACCUUUCUGGCCAUAAUUCCAACACAAUCAAGUGAUUCAGCGUAUGGUAUCAUACCAUACCUUGAUAUCAUCCCGUAUGAUGGUUUGAGGCCUACUACACCACAAUAGGAAGCCGGUAAAC